AUGAAGCCUGAAAAUAUUUCACACAUUUCAGAAUUUAUUCUUUUGGGAUUUUCAGAGGAACCAGAAGUGCAAUCCCUUGUGUUUGUACUUUUCCUCUCCAUUUACUUGAUCACCGUGCUGGGGAACCUGCUCAUCAUCCUGGCCGUGGGCUCAGACCCCCGCCUCCACACGCCCAUGUACUUCUUCCUGGCCAACCUGUCCUUUGUGGACAUCUGCGUCAUCUCCAACACCAUCCCAAAAUUGCUGGUGAGCAUCCAGACACAGAACAAAAGCAUAACAUAUGAAUAUUGCUUUACGCAGAUGGUUUUUUUCCUACUGCUUUCUGGUUUGGAUGUAUUUUUUCUGACAGCGAUGGCCUAUGACCGCUUUGUGGCCAUCUGCCACCCCCUGCACUACACUGUCAUCAUGAAUCCCAGGGUCUGUGGACUGUUGCUUCUGGGGUCCUGGGCCAUGAGCAUCCUGGAUUGUUUGUUACACAGUUUGAUGACCUUGACACUGUCCUUCUGUACAGACGUGUUUAUCCCCAACUUUUUCUGUGAACUCAAGCAGAUGGUACAACUGUCAUGUUCUGACACUUUCGUUAAUGAUGUGGUGAUGUAUGCGGCAGCUCUUCUUGUGGGGGGUAGUACCCUCAGUGGGAUCCUGUAUUCUUACUCUAAGAUAGUUUCCUCAAUUUAUAGAAUCACGUCUGUUCAGGGGAAGUAUAAAGCAUUUUCCACCUGUGCAUCUCACGUCUCCGUGGUCUCCCUGUUUUAUUGUACUCUGGUGGGUGCGUACCUUAGCUCUGCUGCCACCCAGACCCCACUGUCGAGUUCAAUAACUUCAGCCAUGUACACUGUGGUCACACCCAUGCUGAAUCCCUUCAUCUAUAGUCUUCGGAAUAAUGACAUAAAGAGGGUUCUGAAGGCAUUGUUUGUGAAGGGAACCAUCAAAGGACCUUUGUAG